UCAUGUGCAAAUUAUGUCAUCACAUGUAAACCUGAACUAAUUGCCAGGCAGUGAACGUGGGAGAGAGUUAAAAGCACAAGGCCACGGAAAGAGAAUAAAAAGGGCACAUAGUUGGUAGUUUUAGUAGCUGGAUCUGUUUCAUCACUUGUUCAACUCAUCAUGGAUUGUGGCGUGUUAACUUCCAAAAGCAUUCUCAUUUUCCUCAGCCUCAUUUUCUGGGCUGCAGGAGGUGUGCUAACCUAUGUGGGAGCCAGUUUGUUAUUAACCUUUAAGAACUACAACCACUUCUUUGAAGACCAGUACACUGUAUUACCAGCUUUGGUGAUCAUUGGCAUUGCACUUGUAAUGUUUGUUAUUGGACUCAUUGGAUGCUGUGCAUCACUGAGGGAGUCUCGCUUUGCUUUGGGAUUGUUCAUGAUCAUACUGUUGAUCAUCUUUGCUGCAGAAGUGUCUGCUUUUGUCCUGGGAUUUGUCUACAGAAAGAAGGUACAUGAAGGUCUGAAUAACUCUAUGACUCUUGUCUUUGCCAAAUACAACGGGAAAAGUAGUGAGAGCAGGGCUGUGGACUUCCUGCAAGAAGAGAUGCAAUGUUGUGGAAUUAAGAACUACACCUACUGGGAAACAACUAAAUGGUUCAACAAAGGGAACAAGACAUUCCCCCUGAGCUGCUGCAAAAAUCAUUUCUCCAACUGCACAGGAAGCCCAAAGCACCCUGAGCUCCUCAACACAGGAGGAUGUGAGGUGAAAUUGGAGGAUCGCCUGGAAUCCAUUCUGAGUUAUGCUAUGCUGAUCAUCCUAGGAUUUGCCAUCGUUCAGCUUUUUGGAAUGUUCAGCAUCUGUGUGAUUGGCUGCAGAAGAAAACAAGAAGGCUACCAACCACUCCCACAUGGCAUGUAUGCAUGAAGGAAAUCAAGGCUAUGAAAAUGUCCAGCUAUGAGGCUUGCUUUGAACUCAACUAUGCUAACCAGUGGAAAUGUGUGCUCAGACCCACUUACACUUUUUUCUUCCCAUAAAUGAAAGCCAUUCCUGCUCUUAAAUCUACCCUUGCCCUCAUGUGCUUGCCUUGUAAUACUGGAGAAUCUUAUCUGUACAGAUCACAAUACUGUUUUUAUAAUUCCUUCUUCCCCAUCACCCUCCUUGAUUUGUUUUUAUUUUUGAUGUGGCUGCAUCUGAAGAUGUUUUGCAGUCAAAGUUAUGACCAUGUACAUUAUCUCUUGCACAUUCAGAGACACUGCAUCCAAGGCUGUAAUGUUGGCUUCAUAUAUUGAGUGAAUUGUGAAGUCAGCUUUACUAAGUCCUCUGGGGGGAAAAUGGAAACCAAUGCACAACUGGAUGAGUAAAUGGUUAAUUGAUGGAAUUAUUUUUCUUCCCUUUUCCACCCAUAGUGGGGCCCUCUUUGUAUUGAUGUUUUAAUAUUUGCUGUUUGUAGCCACUUUUUUUCUAACCACUUCCAAAAGUUCUUCCUUGCUGUUCUCAGUUACUGUACAUGUAAACAAUAUGUAAGAGCUUAUUUUGAUAUAAUGGCUAAAUGGAAAGUUGCACUAUUCACUUAAUUGAAGUGAUUUUUAUUUUUGGCUAUAGUGGCAAUUAACUAACAAAGGAUAGUUUUAAAUGUUGCAUUAAUGAAUUAACUAUAAAGAACUGUUUGCCAAAUCAUUAUUGAUAUCUAGCUGGUCAGAUAUGACUUUUUUUUGUAGGCUAAACCAUUUCAAAGUUAACAUGUUUAUCUCUAGCCUCUUGGCUUCCUUCCUUGAAGGACUUUCAUAACCUAUAAAUGCCAGUAAAUUCAAUUACCAAAAUAGGAUCCUCUUUUUAGUGGAAAUGCUGCCAGUCAAUCUGAACAGAUGCAGUUAGAUCUUGGUCUUAUUCAGCAUAUCUUAUUCAGUACUGAAGUAAAAGAUUGAGGUCAGAUCUCAAAUCCCCAACUUCCUUUUAAUUCUGCAUUUUAAAAAAAAAAUAAAUAGGAGUACACCAUUUGGUUAACAUGAGGUGGGGGGGGAAAUGAUGAGUAGGUUCUGGGUGCCAUUCACUUGCCCUGUGUCUUUGCACACUUUAAGCUGAGCUCUUGAUAUCAAUCCAAAUAAAAGCUUGUCACAGCUCAGAUGCUAGUUAACAACUGAAUCAAUCCUUAAAUCAUGUCUCACCAAAAGUAGGAAUUUCCUUUUUUGAAAUUGACAAGCUAUACUGUUCUCUUUUCUUUGGAAAGAAGUCUUAGCCAGAUAAUGGGGCAAAGAGGAGCUUGCUGUAAAUGACCAACUAGGAGGCUUGACAUUUUAACUGAGCUUAAUCAAAACAAACAUUUUACAUUAAGUAUUGUGUGGCAGGUGAAAGAUUGUUUUUAGUGCUUCAUUUUUGAUAUUUGGGUUUUUGGUGUUUUAAAUUUAGGCACUAAAUGAGGAGCCAGAACAAUUCCUAAGCUUAAGCUGUGUUUAAGAAAUUAACUCAAGUUCAGGUAUCCUAAAAAAAAUUUAUCCAGCAUCCUUUUCAAAAUCACAUCUACUUCCCAAGUUGUGGUGCCCAGAACUGCUCAUCAUGCUCCAGGCAUGACCCAGUUGAUGAUUUUUGCAUAGCUGAGCCAUACCUGCUCUUAUCGUAUGCCAGCAGUGCUUAAAUUCACAACUUGAUUUGGGAAUGAGUGCUAUCAUUAAGCCAGGUUGAUGCACAAGAAACAUAGUGCAUCUUGGCUAAGAUCAUAGCUCCAAGUGUCAAGAAGCAGGGAGAUUGCAGCACUGCAAUGUAAGCACCUAUUAGCUUAAAGGGGAAAAGUGUUCAUCAGUUCAUGACUUUCAGAAUAAGUUAUGCAAAAUGGUAACAGUUUUGGAAAAAUACUUGAUUUUCCUGCCUUGAAAAAUGAGUGCAAUAAAUUUAGCUUGUCUCCA